AUGUUUUCCUUUUUAUUAAGUAUUAUUGCCUUAACCUUUGUAUUUUGGCAAUCCUAUAACACGUAUCAUUUGAAAAUAUAUCCUGUUAAUUAUUCAUUUGGUAAAAAAAAUGCAUAUGAAGAUGAAGUCGGGAAAAGAUAUGAAAGAAUUCUAAGAUCAGAAAACGUAAAUAUAUUUGAAAAAUAUGCAAAUACACAAAAUGGAACUAGUGGUAUUAACUUAAUGUUAAAUUUGUCAAAUGGGAUUCAUUAUGAUCCACAGUUAAAUUUAGAUGUUCAAGUAGUAAGUGAAGAACAAGAAGAUUAUGAGGAGGAGUUAAACGAAUUAAUUGAGCAAAUAACUGAAACAUGGAAUGAGACUUUUGUAUCUAUGAUAGAAGAUUAUAUCGAUUUUACAGAACAAAAUGAUAUUAUAGAUGGAGAAUGGAAAUGUCAAAUGUGGAACCAAAGGUGGUUUAUAUAUUUAAAACUCCUAGUUCGUAGUUUAGGUGAUGUUUUACAAAAUGAUAAUUAUUCUUUAAGAGCUAAGGAACAUAUUUCUAAUGAAUACCUUCAAUGUGCCAACAAUGAUUUUAUUUACUUUUUAAGUGUAGUUAAGGAAGAAUGGGAUAGAAGAAAUGCACAAUUAAAUGAACAGGUAGCUCAAGCAUAA